CUAGCGUCAUCGCUAUACAUCAGAAAACACAUCCAGCCAGGCAAACCCAUGGGCACACCACCAGGCAUCCUCCAGCGCAGCCAGCUGGAGUGAACCCGGAGCCAGCGAAGAGCCGAGCCGAGCCAGGGCGCGCUGAUUACGGCAUAAUGUGCACUUUACCGCUCUGAGUGGGUAUACAACCACAACCAGACACCGUGGCCCUGGCUCACAUUUAACACGGCUUCCGAUCCAGAAGCCGCCGGGAUAAUGGGAAGCAAAUGUGCGGAUGCUGCUGGGCGCACACCGGGGAGAGAUGUGCUAUGAACGUGACUUCGUGGGGAACACACAUCGGGCACGGCGCGGCUAGCUCCUGGAAACUAGCUAACCCCCGGCCGGACUGGUACCCCCUUUUCCCCGAGAGGAUGCGAGGAACACGGCGUUGUUCCGGGAGACAUGUGCGAGAAUGAUGUCUGAAGGAUAACAUCAAGAACUCCACAUUCCCUCUACCCAGCGCCUCCUCCCAUUUUUGUUUUGGCACUAGUCUCGACCCCUUUUGACACUUUUCAAUGGGAGUUCAGUGGCACCGCACAGCCAAAAUGAUUUUUGUUCAAAAGACACAGCCGCUAUGAUUUUUUAGAUGUUUUUCUAUAAAUAGCAAAGUCCUUCGAUCCCCUGCCCAUGCAAGACUGUGCUCACUCCCAUUCUACUUCCACCGCUAUCCCCCCUCUCCGAACUCCGAUGUUCCAACCCGAGUUUUAAAGGGCCAUGGUUCGGAAGAAAGGCUCUUUUAUACUAUGCGGUGCUUUCUUGUUCGUCGCCUGGAACGCCCUGCUCCUCCUCUACCUGUGGGGCCGCCCUCCCAUCGGCCGGGUGGGCGAGGGAGGCGGGGCCGAGCCGGUGGGCAAGGAGGAGUGGGGGGCGGGGCAAGGUAAGGCCGCGGUCGGAGGGGGCGGCGGCAAUUUAGCCGGGGAGGUGAUGCGUUUGGCCGAGGAGGUAGAGGUGCAGCUGGAAAAGCAGAAAGAGCUACUACGACAGAUCGAGAGCCACAGAGCACAGUGGGCACGACAGAAGGAAGUCGGGAAGAGGGAGACGGAGAAUUCCAAAACGCUGAAGGAAGUAGUGGUAGAAACGACAUUAGCAAUAGAACGGACUAAAUUGGAAAGCAAGGAGGAGAAACCGACUCAAAAGUUGGUCACCACAACCGCUCCAGAAGUCAAAUUAGAGCUAACAAAAGCGGUGGAAAGCAAACCCGCAGAGAAUACAUUGGCGGCAUCCACAGCUAGCCCCGAAGUGGUAAUACCUAUCCUAGUGAUCGCCUGUGAUAGAGUGACGGUCAAACGCAGCCUGGACAGACUCAUUCAGUACAGGCCCUCUGCGCAGCUCCACCCCAUUGUCGUGAGCCAGGACUGCGGGCACACUGACACCGCCCAGGUCAUCGGCUCCUAUGGAGACCAACUCACCCACAUCGCCCAGCCCGAUCUGGCCGACAUCAGGGUGAGGCCCGAGCACAGGAAGUUCCAGGGUUACUACAAGAUCGCCAGGCACUACCGUUGGGCACUCAACCAGAUCUUCAACAGGUUCGGUUACUCCAACGUGGUGAUCGUGGAGGAUGACCUGGAGGUGGCGCCGGACUUCUUCGAGUACUUCCGUGCACUCUACCCCAUCCUGCGCGACGACGCCUCUCUGUGGUGCGUGUCGGCGUGGAACGACAAUGGCCGUGACGCGCUGGUUGACCCCUCCAAAGCCCACCUCCUCCACCGCACCGACUUCUUCCCCGGCCUCGGCUGGAUGCUGCUCCGGGACCUGUGGGCAGAGCUCGAACCCAAGUGGCCCACGGCAUUCUGGGACGACUGGAUGAGGCAGCCAGAGCAGCGCCGUGACCGAUCCUGCAUCCGGCCCGAGAUCUCCCGAACCAUCACGUUUGGAAGGAAGGGCGUCAGCUUAGGUCAAUUCUUCGACCAGUACUUGCGCUACAUCAAGCUAAACACUGAAUUUGUGCCUUUUACCAAACAAGAUUUAACGUAUUUACUGAAGGACAAGUAUGACGAGAAGUUUAUCAUAGAGGUCUACAGCGCCCCCUUGGUGAGGAUCGAGGAGCUGCAGGGGGGAAAGCUGAGGGAGCCCGGACCGUACAGGGUGCAGUACUCGAGCCGGGACAGUUUUAAGGUUUUCGCGAGAAACCUGGGAGCUAUGGACGAUUUGAAGUCGGGAGUGCCACGGACAGGAUACAGGGGCGUGGUAGGCUUCCUGUACAGGGGGAGGAGGGUGUACCUGGCACCCCCCGAAGGAUGGACGCAGUAUGACACAAGCUGGAGCUGAGGCGGGUUAGUCUUUGAAAGGGGAAUGAUAAAGACCAAAGAGAAUGUGGGGGUAAUGACAGUCAGAGGUGGAGGCCAGGGAGGAGGGGAGUGCUCAAAUCGUUAAUGAGUUUUACAUCUGGGGUUUAGAGGUGAUAAAUGAAUUUGGCGUAAGUAUAAUGCCACAAUUAAUAGGCAUCAAUAUAACAUGCCAACAAAUUGUCAUAAAAUGGCACAAACUAAAAAUGAAAUUAAGUUCACCAAGCAAAAAUUGUAAAGUUUAAUAAUAAUAAAAUAUGGAUAUGUUAAAUACAAAAAGUAAAGACAUUUUAACUAAUUGUAAAACGGGAAAAGGUGCAAAAAGGCUUUUAUUUAGAUUUGUGGUUAUUUAAAAAAAAAAAAAAAAAAAAAAAAAAAGGUGAAUAAAUAAAUGUAUUUUUAAUUCUGCUUCUGUUUAAACCACCCGUCAGUUGUGGCCCCUCCUCUGAACUGUCUGAGAUGAGCUGAUAUGACAGACCUGCAGCGUGGUGGACAUGUGGAUCUGGGUGCUUCUUCAGGACUAGACUUAUACAGGGACUUAACCAGUGUUUUUAAAGAGUUCCACUAUCAGACACAAGCUACUGGCACCGUGCCUUGGUCCUGGGCCCAUCUGCUUAGAGUGUUUCAUGUGUGUUAAAGGGAUAGUGCAGAACAUUUAGAUGGAGAUGAAUGACUUAUAACUUGAUCACUAUAUAAAGUAACCACCUGAAUAUUUGUAGUUUGGUGAAACAGCAGGAGCAAUGAGAUUAAAAUGUGAGUUUCUCAUAGCACACGUGUGUAAAUUAGACAAAAUAAUGCUCACUUAUAAAGAACAAUGUGAAUUUAGCUAAAUGCAAAAUACAUAAUUAACCAACAAGCCUCACGUUCUCUCCCCUCUGCUCACACGUACAUGUCUGUUCCUGCCCACUGACACCUCGCUCAGCUUUUUUUCUUUAUUAUUUUAAACUCCAAAUCACAAGUAAAUGUAUGAAACUAUGACAGUACAGAAUGCUGGAGGUUUUAUGUUCAACUACCAGCCUCUAAUUACAGCAAAUACACACAUUCUCAUUAAAUCAAAUGAUCAGUGAGGGUCUGUCCAAGUGACUCCUCUUCUGUCCUUCACGGACAUGACGCACGACUUCAUAAAGUCAGUCCAGCUCCACGCGGUCCACAUUGCUCCAAACAUCCUGCACAUCAUAUGUGUUAAAAAGUGACAUUGUUUCUUGUUGACAGCACUCUUUGCGCACUGUUUGAGCCACAGUUGUUUUCACAGGCAGAAGGAGCUGUGCGCACACUUCUGGGGUGAUGAUGAGUUCAGGCGCACUGCGUAACUUUUCUGCAGAAGCACUAAUAUGCCUUCAGCUUUUGUGGACUAGAUAUUUAUUAAAAUUAAAAGAAAGCUAUUUUAACAGCAAAAUAGAGGUUUAAUAUCUGUCAAAAGGCUAAGAAUAUAUGCUAUAUAUAAUGCAGCACAUUAUUGGCUGCAGUGUUGAAUAUAAACUUUGAAGAUUCUAGAGGAAAUUUUUUUUUUUUAACAGACGUUAUUGAAGGUGAGGCUGUCAUUUCAAUACUGUGGUAUGCGAUAUUGUCAGCAUAUUAUCCAACUCUGCUGUAGUUUUGAUUUUAAUAUAGAAAAGUUAUAUCGAUGGAUAUCAGUCUGGACACCACUCCCAACCAAACACGGCAAACCUAUCAGAUUUGUUUAUUUCAGUGACACAUGAAACAAAGGAGAAAAUAGCAAUGUUUUUCAUUUUCAUUUUCUUCCUUUAUUUUUUCAUAUUAGUUUUGAUAUGGACAGACUUUUCAUGCCCCUGAUUGGCUAAUCCACCUGUCAAUCACGCCCAUCUAAACUUGGGAGAUUCAUCAGUGACCAGACUCACAUCUUCCUAAAGUAUUGGAGAUGUGUGUAUUCUAGAUCCCAGGCAAAUUGUUGGGAUAAUCCUCUGUUUUUCUUCAAUUUUCCACUGGCCUUAUUUACUGCAAUACAAUGUGAAUGCUCCUGUCUGUUUUUCCAAACUGAAGCUACACUGAUACAUUUGAGAGAGAACUGGGCUAUCCCUUUAACAACUUAUUAAAGGCACUGUACCUGAUUUUUACUCUCUUAAAAAUAUGAUAAACCAAACUAGCUCAUUUUAAACAGUUUGCAGUGGUCCAGAGUUAUUUCUUAUUUACCUUAUGCAUUCCGAGCAUCCUAAUUAUUCACCACAAUGAGUUGAUAAGCGCUUUUCACAACUUGCAGAGACCAGAGUGGAAUUUUGCUGUGACGGUAAAGCUAACAACAACUUGGCAUGCUAACAUGCACUUAGCAGACAAUAAAACGCAUUAUUAUUGGAUGCAGACAGGACGACUUAUUGUGACCUCAGGAGCUUCCUAUACAAUGUAUCUGUACUGGGCCAAGACAAUUUUUGCUUGAAUACAUGGGGAAAAAUCAGGUACAGGGCCUUUUUAAGUGUAUUAAAAUCUUCAUAGAUCAUAAAAGGUUUAAGAAAGGGGUUGAAUUCCUUCUGUAAGCUAUUUUUAUGGAAUUUGGUCCACCUCCGGUUGUGUGAAGUUUGAAAGACUGGUUCAGAUAACAUGAUAUUUUUCAGAAUAUAUGCAGUGCCAUUAAUACACAGCAGAAUGUAACAUACAAGCUUCACUAUAAGGCUUUUGACAUUAUUUUCAUGUUACUCUAAACCAGCCCAGUCAUGAUGUAAAUGUGAAAACAUGAAGGAAAAAGUGUGCUAUGUGAAGGUUAUAUAUGGUAAAUAAAUGAAAAAUAAUCAUUCAGAUGUAAUGCAGUGUGUAAUGCAGGACAAUGGAGGUGCUGCCUGGUGAAAUGAGCCAAUGUCAUACAGUGACUGUGAAGGGCAAGUCAAAUUAAUAAAGUAGAAUGCAAGAUCUAAUAAUACAUUAUAGAUGCACCUGUGAAUGCUUUUUAGUUUGUUUUUGUUUUUUAAAGCUUUCUACCAUGUUAUAACAGUUUCCCCUCAUCAAAAACAUGCCUGAAGAGGUUCUAACUGCCAUCCAUGUAUGUUUGAGUGAUUCGGCAAGCUCUUUCAUGCCCAACUCCAAGCCCUCCUUAAAGUCAGCUGUAAGAUUCUGUGCAAUGCUCAACCCACAGGCCGACGUCAUCCACGCUCCCACACAAUAAUUCUCCAUAAAUAUACAAAAGCAUGAUGCAAAACUGCACAGCAUCUUGACAACCCUGAUGCAAUGUGCAGUAGUUUCAUUAGCAGGAUGCACACCGAUUGUGCUGUGAUAGCAGUCUGAAGGGGGAGUGACUUAGUAUGGAGAGCAAAAGGAGGGGAGACUCAGAGCAUCAAAAAAAGGGAAUCUUGUAAAACAUGUUAAUACAUUGUUUUCAGCAAAUAUGGCAUUUUCAAAACAAAAGGUAACUUGGUGAGAUAAAAUGUUAUGUGGUAGCAGUUAAUGCCCCAUAGAAGUGUCAUACCUCCGCUUUAAUAGAGCUGUGCAUGAACACAAUUUGACCACAAAAUACGGUAAUUGUUUAUGGGAUUAAAAACUGAUUAGGAGACGUUUAGUUUUAUCUAUGACACAACUAAACUGGCCAAAUGCAAAUAGGUCAUUUUUGAGUGCUCGGGGAAAAUGACUUUGUAUUAAUAGAUUAAUGAAACAAGUGUGAAUGAAAUGAAAUGCAACUCCAGGUAUGUUUUUGAAGAGGGGACAACAGUAUGGCAGAAUAAUGUGUUCUAGUACAUACAUGGAAUAGUCCUGUAUAUUAAAGAUCUGCAUUCUACCUUAUCUGUGGCCCUACACAUCACUACAUUUGUCUUUCAUUUGAAUUUCAAAACUAAAUAUGUUAAUCCAAGGUUCAUUGUUAUUUUUACUUUUUUCUGUUAAAAUCCUUUUUAAAGGGUAUAUAGUACUGUUAUGUGGCUUAAUGGUACACUACGUAACUUUUCUUGCCCCAGUACUAUGUAAGAUGUUAUUGCUUUACCUAGAAUGUUCUACAGUUUGGCAGUAAACUUUUCUAUCUCCACGGAGACACCACCAGGCCAAGUCACUGGUCAGAUCUGUGGAGAGGCAAAGCAAUAACAUCUCCAUAGAAACAAGCAGUGACCGAUACACAAAAAGGGUCAUAGUGCAGCUUUAAUGCCUUCCAGCCAUGUCUGUUAAAAACAUUUACAUCUUUUUAUGGAAACAUUUGUCUGGUCAACAUAAGAAUUCCACAUUUGCAGUUUUAGGGACCACAGCACAUUUUAAAGGUGCAAUAUGCAGAAGAACAAAUAUUACGCAUUAAUUAUCCUGCUGUUGGCCUUUAAAUGUGGUCCUGAGUACUUUUUCUUUGGAGUUUCAUGAUUUAUAACUUAAAAUAAUGCAUAAUGUCAUAAUGUCACAGUAUACCACAGCGCAAACAAUUAAAUGAGAUUUGAUGGCAGAAAUGCUUAAAGUGAGUCUAGCUAUCAUUUAUGGACUUAAAACUGGACAGGGCAUCUAUCUAUGACAUCACAAUCCUGAGAAAUUUCAAAUGGAGUGUGUGGCUUAGAGACAAAGGACUUUUUACAGAAAACUGUGAAUGAUGCGAAAUACAACUCCAGGUAUGUUUUUAAUUGGGGAACAAUAUUCUAACGUGGUUAAAAGCUCCAAAAAGUCAAUUUUGUUGCAUUUUACACAUCCAACUUUAUUUUUAUUUUCUGAUGGCUGUGAUUGAUUUGAUGUGUGAGACAAAGAAUACAUGUUCAAAGCUCAUCAAAAUGUAGCCUCUAAAGAUCUGUUCCUUGAAAUCACAUGCAUUGUAGCUUUAAGGCUAAGGAACUGGUUUGCUAUGAAAAUCCAUCAUGUGCACUUUGAUUAUACCAUCUGGUUUGUUUGUUUGCUAAACAAAGAGUAUGAAGGAUUUUUAUUUUACUUUUUAACGAAAGCCAUGGGACUGGAGAGGGGAAUGUCAAUGAUUUAGUAACAAUUAUUGCAAAAAGUAAUGUCAUUUUGCAGCUAAUUAAAGGCGCUGUAUCUGAUUUUUUUUUAAUUAUUUUUUUUAUUUUUACAGUCUGUUGAAAAACAGAACUAGUUAAUUUUAAACAUGUUGCAGCAGUCCAAAGUUAUUCCUUACUGUAUGCAUUCUGAGCAUCCUAAUUAUUCACCGCGGUGAGUUUGUAAGCAGUUCAGAGUUUUGCCAUCACAGUAAUGCUAACAACAAUUAGCAUGCUAACGCACACUUCAGUGACGGACAGUAAAACGCUUUAUAAUUAGAUGCAGACAGAAUGCAGCUGACUUAUUUUGGGAGCAAAAGCUUCUUAUCCAAUAUUUUUGUAUUGGGGCAAGACACAUUUUGCUCAAAUACAUGGGGAAAAAAAUUAGGUACAGGCCCUUUAAUGUUAUAAUCAGCAAUGACUUCCCUUCUCAAGAUCAUAGGCCGGAUUAGGAGUUGUAAUAUUUUCUAGGUUUGUUGAAAAACCACUGGCUCUUUGACAGUAUUUUGGUCUAAAAGGCUCAUGACCGGCUGGUUAUCGCUGUACUGUAUUGGCUGAGAUUCUGUGGGUUGGUCCUGUGUUGAUGAGGUGACAUGUACAACCACUGCCUGAUGUGUUUAUAACUUUAAUACAUUAUCAAUAAAAUCGACUAUUUUGAUAUUC